CUUGGGUGCCUCCAGUUCCUCUGUACAACGGAGCUCCCCGCACCGAAAGCGACCUCCGCUUUCACAGACACGUGCACUGGUGAAACAGAUUCACCGGCUACACCUGCGCCUCUCCAAAGAACCACCACAAACUUGAGAUUGUCUUACUUUCAGACGAGGAGAACUGAACCGCACUGCAAGGAACUCUGACAGUUAUACUGACAGGUGAGAGGAGGAAGAUACAAAAUAAAGAUUUAAACAUGAAACUUGAAGUGUUCUCCGCAACCCACUUCGUUCAGAAGCCCAUGGAGGUGUGCACUCACAUUGAUGCCGAGGUAACCGUCCCCUCUCCCCUAUCCGGAGACGAGCUGGGCUCAGACGGGGACUGCGUGGCAAACAGCCCAACACCUGCCAUCCCGAGCAGCGCCGAUGGCAAGGGAAAGCCCUACACCCGCAGACCAAAGCCGCCCUACUCCUACAUCGCACUCAUUGCCAUGGCCAUCCGGGACUCCGGCAGCGGCAAGUUGACUCUGGCGGAGAUCAACGACUACCUGAUGAAUAAGUUCCUGUUCUUCCGGGGCAGCUACACUGGCUGGCGGAACUCGGUGCGCCACAACCUGUCGCUGAAUGACUGUUUCCUCAAGGUGCUCCGGGACCCGUCCAGGCCCUGGGGCAAGGACAACUACUGGAUGCUGAACCCGAACAGCGAGUAUACCUUCGCCGACGGGGUGUUCCGGCGCAGGAGGAAGCGCAUCAGUAAGUGCCGAUCCGGCAGUGGUUCCAAUAAGGACACCAAGACCCCGGACGAGGAGACUCGCAUUUCGAACACUCCAUCUGCACCCACCGGGGAGGAGAGGAUGAUGGGAGCCAAGUUCUCCAGCUUUUCCAGCUCCUUCUCCAUCGAUAGCAUCCUCAGUAAGCCCUUCAUAAGGAGGGAGGAUAUAGACAACACUGAUGCAGACACUGCGUAUGCCAAUCCCGGUUCCCACCGGCGCUACUGGCCCACCGGUGCCCACCACAUGCUGCCCCACACACUGGGCUACCCACCGGUACCCACUGCUAUGGUGCACGCACAUGCACAGCAGUUAUACCACCAGGUCAGCUCAGGGGCGUCCCACAUGUUACACGCAUACAGGUGCAGCCUCGCGGAGCAAGCAGAGCACAGCAGAGACCCACUCACAGCAGGGACCGACACACAGGGCCACAUGCCAAACUCCGAGGCUGCUUUCUCCCCGGUGAAGAUUCACACAGCGCGAGGUGGCAGCUGUCAUCCUUUCCAGAUAGACUCAUUGCUCUCCUAAAGUCAACAUAAGGGACAAUAAUGUAAUGAUGUAUCUUACAUUUGCCAUGUGCACUUUCCUAUGCGCUCUAUGUUUUUCUAGUUUUAAAAAGAAAUGUCAGUGCAUUGAACUGUUUCUAAUGAUAACAAGUCGUUUAGCAGUGAUGAAAAACGUAAUGUUUUCUUGUUGUCAAGUUACUUUUAUUUCUAUCUGGUUAUUACUAAGACCGAGAAAAUUAGUUGCAAUCUAAUGACAUGACAUUCCAAUGUGUGUGUGUGUGUGUGUGUGUGUGUGGUGUGUGUGUGUGUAAGGUUAUUUCUACACUGCUACCAUGUGCCAAAUAUGAAAAAAAUAUAAAUAUUUGUGUUGUUGUAGCCUAGUUUUGUAUGACUUGCUGCAAAAUAUUCGUUUAAAAUAUUUGUUCGAUUGUUGACUACUGCACAAAAAGCUGCACAAAAGGAAAUACAGUCUGUUUACCUGAACAUUGAUUCAUGCACGAUAUUUUUAUGAGGGAAAAUAAAAAAAUAUUUGGUAAAAAAUUA